AUGCUUUCUUCACAUUCAUGUAUACUGCUCUGGGGUCUGGCGCUUGUCGGUGGGUGCUGCGCCGCAGGCGCUCCUUCACCUGAACAGACAGCUGCAACGAGCACUACUUCGUCUUCAAUCUUGCCAAACCCGACCCCAACAUGGACGAACAGCACACAUCAGGCGGCCGGCAACUUCUCCUUGUACGACAAGCUACCCAGCUUAUGGUUCGAGACAUGCGCAAAUAACAAUCAGAAUCCUCCCUGUACAGCUUAUUGCCGCAGCAAUGAUACUGAGUGUUUACGAGCUGCGGAUGUUGUGGUCCCUGCUUGUGCCGGCUUGUGGAAUACCUACAACGGCCAUGUCUUUGACUGGCGUAUCAGCGGCGGCGUCGCUCCAUCUGGAUGGUCUACUGUGUUGUCCACCUACGGCGCGGAUGCUAUUCCUUCGACGACGACAGUCAAUGUCUACACGAGUUUCAGCACUGCGAACGCGACUCUUACGAGACAACACCCAACAGAUGCUCGACUACCCAAGGUCACUAUCACGCCAGUCUACGCUGUGGGCAACCCAGUUCCUAGCGUAUCUGUCGAGACUGCAUCGCCGUACUCUGGUGUUGUGAGCUACAUCACAGCACCGCAGCCUAGCUGCAGGUAUGCUGCUUUGAAGACGACCAAUGAUUGUGGCCAAUGCUCGAUAUACGGCGGGACUGUGGAGCUACUGUUCUGGCCUCCGACAACAAGCACAACCUCUGCUGGGGCACCUGUGAUCACCAAGUCCACGGUGUGGGACGGCAUCACGCUGUUCUCGCCAACGGUCUACAUCUCAUUGUCAACGGUGUACGCAUCGAACUCAUGCAUGCAGGUCGGCCAGAAUCACACCGGUACAUUGCUGGCCAUGAAGCCUGAGGAUGUUUCAACACAGAUUCACAUUGGCGGGAAGGUCGCUGCUUACACCUAUGGUCGGGUCGACUAUGCCGAUCUCGUGGGAUUGCCACCACUGGACGACUAUGAGGCACAACCCAGCUGCAUCAUGUUCGGCUGCUCGACUAUCUUCCCGACUUACAGUCCAACUCUUGUCGUUCCCAUGGCCCUGCGAACUCUUGAGGCGGACUGGAGCUCGUGUGUGGCGGCACUUGAAGGCUUAUACGAUCCUCCAAUUGCAUUGACAGAGGCUGCUGUUGCGUUCUCGAUCACUGCACCUAGCCGGCCAGCGCACACUGAAGCAUACACGUCUACGACGCUCAUGUUGCCCUUGGCCUCGGAACAUAUUCCACUCGCUGCGCCAACGCCGACACCUACCACAAGUCAGGAUCAUCCCAAUCAGAUCAAAGCCAGCUCGAUCGUCCAAGGUCUUGAGAGCCUUCUCAAUGGCGGUGAAAUUGCUGUUGGUACUACCAAAGCAGCCGGCGUUACCUCCUCCGGAUCUCUUCCUAUCAGCUCCACGCUUGAAUUCGCACCACUCGAUUCGGACCAGAGCGCCAGCAGUACACUGCUAUUGUCUCUGUCAGCGUCUCAGCCCGAUGAUGGCUACACGUCAAAGGGCUCUGUGCCUGAACAUACCACAGCCAGGUCCCAGGAUGACAGUCGCUCGUUCUUGCCUGGACCUCACGCGCCGUCUGCGCUAUCGUCAACACACACUACUACGUCGACUCACAGCAUCGAAAACGAUACUCCUCAGCCCAUAGCUGUGAGCCAAGACGACCAAGGCAACUUCAUCGUCAACGGCAAGACAUUUGCUCCAGGCUUGCCAGUCACAUUGACUCGAUCUGGCACGACGGUCGCGGCAUCGAUGCUGACCUCGAGUGGUCGAACGUUCAUCGCACUCGGUACUGCAUCCACUGUGCCACUUGGCGAUAUCGGUGCAGGCUCCUCGUACAGCCUACCUCCUGUUGUCACAGCCACGUCCUCCAUAUCGCAUGCGGUCUACACAGCGGCAGGUAUCACAUUCGAGGCGAAUGAAGAUGGCGAACUGGUGUUCAGCAGCAAGACCGUGGCCCUGGGCGGUAGCGUUACGCUCGGCUCGGGGUCUUCGAUCAGAACAAUCUUUGUGACGAAUCUGGGCAAUCAGACAGCCAUUGUGGUGGGCAAUACUACGACCGCGCGGCUUGUGGUCGAAACGUCGUCUUCGACAAGUCACAUAUCGCACGACUCCGUUGGACCGACCUCGUCGAGACCGGCCAAUAGAAGCGGUAUACCGCAGUCUACGACGGCAACUCCCCCGGACAGCAAUGCAGCGAUCCUGCGAACCGCCGGGUUCGCAAAUAUAUUUUUGGCCAUCCUGAGCGGUAUCUGGCUUGGCACGUAG